UGCUAUUUAUCAGAAAUUUGUUUAUUUACAAAAAGUUUUGUAUUUAGUUUUAUCACUUCAUAGUUUAAUUUUCUGCUCAUUGGUAAAAAUGACCGAAUUCUUAGCCGAAAAUAAUCUAUGUGGACAAAACCUGCUCCGAAUUGUGUCCAUGGGCAAUUCCAUCAUAGCCGAGAUCCUAAGACUGAAAGAUUACAUUCCCGAUGUUUUUAAAUUGGAAUCUAAAGCAGACCAACAAAAGUACGCAGAUAUUAUUUUAGAUUUUAGUUACCUACGAAUCGCCGAAGCUCAGGACAAGAAAAUCGAAAAUAAUCCAGCCCUUCAAGAUCUUGAUGAUGAAUUCCGAGAUAACUACAUUGAACUUCUGACCCGAUUCUAUUUGGCGUUCGAAAGCACGCAUCAAUAUGCCUCCGAUUUGAAGCAUUUCGUAGAAGAACUAAAUCGAGGCUACUACAUUCAACAAACAGUUGAAUCAGUGUUGCAAGAUGAAGAAGGGAAGCAACUUAUGUGUGAAUCGUUGUACCUCUUCGGUGUGAUCCUCCUUGUUCUCGAUCUCCAUAUACCUGGGGUAAUCAGGGAACGCCUCCUCAUCUCCUACUAUCGGUACAGUGCUGCUAGAAAUCACGGCGAUAGCAACAUCGACGAUGUCUGCACACUUCUCAGGUCCACUGGAUUCUCCACUCAACCCAACGCCAAGCCUGUCCCAAACUAUCCCGAAAGCUUCUUUAGUCGUUUCACUUUUGAUCAAACCUUUGUGGACAUGGUUGUCGGCCGUCUCCGUUCCGAUGAUAUCUAUAACCAAAUCUCUACAUAUCCCCACCCGGAUCAUCGCUCCACAGCCCUCUCCAACCAAGCUGGAAUGCUAUUUGUCUGCCUCUAUUUCUCUCCGAAAAUUAUCCAUAACCAGGUUGCCCAAAUGCGGGAAAUCACUGACAAAUUCUUCUCCGACAAUUGGGUUGUCCCUGUGUAUAUGGGAAUCACGGUGAAUCUGGUCGAUGCCUGGGAGCAUUUCAAAGCAGCCAAAGCGGCCUUAAGCCCCGUUGUCGAGACAAACUCUGUGAAGGGCUUCUGUUUGCUUCACAAGGAGAAACUAAAGAAGGUCUAUUUGCAAACCUUCGAGAUCCUCAAAGUCGGUGUCCUCACAGAGAGCUUCACUCUUCAAACCCAAACCAGGAUCAUCGCUCUGAUCCGAGACUGCAACGUCGUGUUGCGUUGGUUUAUUCUGCACACCAGUUCGCCAAUACUCGAAUUCUCAUCUGGCAAACGCCACAAACAGAUCUGUGAGCUUGUCCAGACUGAGAGUGACUUCAAACACUCCAAGAUCUUCCAGUUGCUCUUGAACUGCAGUAAUUUGGAACUCAUUGUCAAAGAAAUUCUAAAAGACCUCAUCAAUGAGAAGGAGAAGCGAUGGGAAAAUUUCCGCAAGGAAGCUCUUGAUCGGGUCAAUGAAUUGAGUGAGGCAUUCUCAGGAAGUCGUCCGCUAUCGAAAAUCGAGAAGAAUCCAUCUUUGAAGCAGUGGUUUGCUGAUAUUGGCGAGAAGGUGAAGAAUUUAAACAUCAACAACCCCAACAUGUCGGGGAGGAUGAUAAUUCAAAUCAUCCAAGCUCUCGAGGAUGUCCAAGAGUUCCAUAAUCUUCAAUCGAACAUGCAAAUCAAACAAUAUCUCCAUGAGACUCGAGAGUUCCUCACGAGUAUGAUUCAAGUCAUCAACAUUAAGGAAGAUGUUCUGAUCAACAUCCAGCUGAUCAGUGAUCUGAGCUAUGCCUGGAGGACAAUCGACUCAGAGUACACUUCAAUCAUGCAGGAGAGCAUCAAGAAACAACCAAAGUUGGUGAUUAAGCUUAGGGCAACCUUUCUCAAGCUAGCCAGUGCUCUCGAAAUUCCCCUUCUGAGGAUAAACCAGGCUAAGAGUGAAGAUCUUGUAUCAGUCUCGAAGUACUACAGCACCGAGUUGGCCAAUUAUAUUCGCAAGGUUGUCCAAAUUAUACCCGAGACUAUGUUCAGUAUCUUGGCAGAGAUUAUCCAGAUGCAGACGUCGGUAAUCAAGGAGAUUCCAACUCGAUUGGAUAAGGACAAGCUGAAAGAGUAUGCGCAGUAUGAGGAGCGUCAAGCAGUGUCGAAAUUGACCUUCUCCGUUGCCACUUUUACCGAGGGAAUUCUUAUGAUGAAGAAGACCCUCGUGGGAGUCAUAGAACUAGACCCGAAGAAGCUGCUCGAGGAUGGAAUCCGAAAGGAACUUGUGAAGAAUUUGGCAAACGCCUUGAAUGCUGGACUCAUCUUUGGUCCAAAGGGCAAGACCAGUGACUUGGAGGAUAAACUAUUCCAGCUCUCAAAGAUCAUGGAUGGUUAUCGGAGAUCAUUCGAGUACAUCCAGGAUUAUUUAAACAUCCAUGGGCUCAAGAUUCUCCAACAGGAAAUGUCACGGAUCAUAAACUAUAACGUCGAGAGGGAGUGUAAUGCGUUUCUGAGGAGCAAAGUCCUCGACUGGCAGUCGUCAUAUCAAAGUACCACCAUUCCAAUACCCAACUUCCCCCCAGCCCCGGGUGACACAGCUUCGAAUAAUUUCAUUGGCCGCCUGGCUCGGGAAAUCCUCCAAACCACCGACCCCAAAUCAACGAUAUAUCUGGACUUGAAGGCAACGUGGUACGACAAAAAGACCCACAAAGAAAUCCUCGACUCGAGGUUCUUCAUCAAAGUCAGUGAGGCAAUCGGACCAGCUGGCCUGGUGGGUCUGGACAAACUGUAUUCCUACAUGUUCAUAUCGGAUCUGCAGAAAAAUCUCGAGAAAAUGCAGACAAAUAUCGCCACUGACAAAAUGUGGGUAGAGGCGCUGGCCUCCCUGACCAAAGAACUCGACGAUAAGAUGUUUGUCAAGAAUCCCACAAAGUUCUAUGCUAAUUACACAACACGAUGGAUGAAAGUCUGGCCAACUAUUCUCGAAUGGUUGCUUCAAAUUGGCCAUAAACAAAUUCUAAGACAGCAGAUUGCAUAUGAAUUGAACAAGAGUUGCAAAUUCAACUCGAAGAAUCUGGAAGCUUCCCUGGACGCCCUCAAUCAAUCCCUUCUCAUCGAUCUUCAAGAAUCACAACAGAUCGACGGUAAAUCGAAACCGGAAAAAGAGAUACUCGCGGAGCUGAAUGCGUAUUUGAUAUUCAGUGGAAACUACGAUCCAAUGCAGCAGGUUUUCGUCCUGACCAAGAACUCCCACAACAUUUCACUGUUCCUCUUCAUGUUCACCAUUUCGUAUUCGAUGAAAUUUCAAUUCUCGAAAAACCUCAACAUGCUGAUGGCUAAGAGCGCGAAGGAACACAUCGAUGGCGUGGCAAUGAUAAUUGGCAUCCAGACUGUUCUGAAUCAGUUCCAUCGGGAUGUGCUCUAUUUGUACAUUGAAUACUUGUGUCAGUAUGUGACUUCUUUGGUCGAAGCUAAUUUGAGUGCGAAGCAGGAAAUCGGAUUGGAAUGUAGCACAACGAUUCAUUAUCUAGAAGAAUUCAUACGAAUUGGGAAACUGCCGCGGAGUUUGUUGGAGGAACAUGUGCCGCUAAUUGUCUUGAAUCAGUUUGAGUAUCUAUCGAGCAAUAAAUGAGGAAAAAUGGAUACACUGAGAGAAAAACAUUGAACAAAUUUUUUUAUUAUACAUAAACAAAACAUUUAUUGUUAUUAUACUGAAAGUUUCAUGCACCAAAAUAAACAUUAUUGUGAUUAAUUUUCAUAGAAAUUUACCCUAAAUU